AUGCAUAAUGUAAAACACUCUCCCUAUAUCACUGUCACUACAUCACUGUCACUACAUCACUGUCACUGCAUCACUGUCACUACAUCACUGUCACUGCAUCACUGUCACUACAUCACUGUCACUACAACACUGUCACUACAUCACUGUCACUACAUCACUGUCACUGCAUCACUGUCACUACAUCACUGUCACUACAACACUGUCACUACAACACUGUCACUAUACCACUGUCACUAUAUCACUGUCACUAUAUCACUCUCACUACAUCACUGUCACUAUAUCACUCUCACUACAUCACUGUCACUACAUCACUGUCACUACAUCACUGUCACUACAACACUGUCACUGCAUCACUGUCACUACAACACUGUCACUACAUCACUGUCACUACAUCACUGUCACUAUAUCACUCUCCCUAUAUCACUGUCACUACAUCACUGUCACUACAUCACUGUCACUACAUCACUGUCACUACAACACUGUCACUGCAUCACUGUCACUACAACACUGUCACUACAUCACUGUCACUACAUCACUGUCACUAUAUCACUCUCCCUAUAUCACUGUCACUACAUCACUGUCACUACAUCACUGUCACUACAUCACUCUCACUAUAUCACUCUCACUACAUCACUCUCACUACAUCACUCUCACUACAUCACUGUCACUAUAUCACUUUCCCUAUAUCACUCUCACUAUAUCACUCUCACUAUAUCACUGUCACUACAUCACUCUCACCAUAUCACUGUCACUAUAUCACUCUCACUAUAUCACUGUCACUAUAUCACUGUCACUAUAUAA